CGUUUUAAAACGAAAACGCGGUUUAAAUCUAUCCAGAUUAAUGUAGACGUAGCAUAAGACUGCGGAAAGGCCACAGUGACGUAGUCACGCACGUACGUGCAGUGUCAGUGAGUCGUCAAACAAGUUCCUGCUUCCGGUUCGCUUUCGAGCUCUGUGCAGUGGUGGUUCCGCGGACCUGAGGGAGAACAUGGCCUGGUUUCUGCUGCUGUGUGCGCCGCUGAUGUUCGGCUGGAUCCGCGCGUCAGAACUCACCUUCGAGCUGCCAGACAACGCCAAGCAGUGCUUCUAUGAGGACAUCACCAUCGGCACCAAGUGCACACUGGAGUUCCAGGUGGUCACUGGGGGUCACUAUGAUGUGGACUGUCGUCUGGAGGAUCCGGACGGGACGGUCCUCUAUAAAGAGAUGAAGAAGCAGUACGACAGCUUCACCUUCACCGCCUCCAGAAACGGCACGUUCAAGUUCUGCUUCAGCAACGAGUUCUCCACCUUCACACACAAGACCGUGUACUUCGACUUUCAAGUCGGCGACGACCCUCCGCUUUUCCCCAGCGAGAACCGAGUGACCUCUUUAACACAGAUGGAGUCCGCCUGUGUGUCCAUCCACGAGGCGCUGAAGUCUGUGAUCGACUAUCAGACACACUUCCGUCUGCGAGAGGCUCAGGGCCGCAGUCGAGCCGAGGAUCUGAACACCAGAGUGGCCUUCUGGUCCAUCGGAGAGGCCUUCAUCCUGCUGGUGGUCAGCAUCAGUCAGGUGCUUCUCCUCAGGAGCUUCUUCUCAGACAAGAAAACCACUACAACACGCAUGGGCUCCUAACUCCUCCUCACACCGGGCUUUUAUACAAACUCCUCAAGCUUGUUCUCCCUAGUCCUGUGUGUGAUCCUCAGCUCGUAUCCUGCAGAAUAGUUCAGCACUGCUUUAUUUAUUUUGUGGCUGUGUGUUGACUCUACAUGUAUGUGAAUGUGAAAGGAUGGACAGACACUGUAGACCUGCUUCACACUCGUCUGAUUGUAAUAUCUUCAUCAUCAUCAUCUUCACUCGAUACUUCGUUCACCCGUUCAUGUCUGAAUCUGAGAGAGCUUUAUGUUGUAUAAAACAGGAAUCCUUGCGAAUGUUUCCUAGUCGUCUUUUUAUUUUCAUGUCAUUGGUGUAAUUGGUGUGUUUUUAUUUUUAUUAGGUGUUUUUUUUUUUUUCUUGUUUGAGUUGGUUAAUAAAUGUCUGGAGAAACUUCUCAAAGACUCUUCUUCAUAAAACUAAGUCCUUGUCAAGUGCACAUCUUAUCAAGUAUAAUUUAUUUUAGGAUCCAAGAAGAGAAAACUAAAAUUAAUUUGCAUUUAGCAUGAAAGCAAAUGUUUUCUUUGUACAGUUCCCACAGUUGAAAGAAAAAUAAAGCAAAUAAAUAAA